AAGAACAAUUUAAUCCAAAUGCGAAAUAAAGAAUUACAUAAGUAUGCCAUCCUCUGAUGCUGAAAUAAUACAUUUAAAUGUUGGUGGUAAAAGGUUUUCAACUUCACGUUCAACUUUGACUUGGAUACAAGAUUCAUUUUUUUCAUGUCUAUUAAGUGGAAGGAUAUCCUCUCAAAAAGAUGAAACUGGUGCUUAUUUUAUUGAUCGAGAUCCAGAUGCAUUUGUACCAAUACUAAAUUUUCUUAGAACCAAGGAAUUCAAUCUCAGGGGAGUUGACUUUAGUGUUGUGUUACAUGAAGCAAAAUAUUAUGGCAUUACUCCUAUUGUUCGUCGUCUUACUUUGUGUGAGGAUUUAGAAAAUAGUUCAUGUGGUGAUCUGCUAUUUAUUGGUUAUCUUAAUCCUCCAGAUUUAACUGAAAAUCCUUUUGAAAUCAAGUCAUCACGUAGAGGCUCGAUGAGCUCUCUAAUGGACUGUCUCGCAUCAAAUCACCAACAGUGGCUAGGUGUAAUGAAAAAUGCCAAGUCAGAGCCAAAUCUUAAGUUUGAUGUAGAAGUAGAUAGACGUAAGGUGCUAAUCAUCAGAGGUCACCACAAUGUCUUGGCAGUUGCAUACACACACUUCGUCUGCUGUUAUCGACUAGAAGAUUCGAUUGGUUGGGAGUGUAUAUUUACAACUCCAUAUUUAGAAAAUUGUUUAGAGAAAAUUUCAAUUAAUGUAAAAAUGCCUGGAACACUUGGAAAUAAAUUGCUUGCUUGUUCUUCUGGCUCAAAGAUUCGAUUAUGGAAUUGUGACACUGGUACUCAUAUUGGAAUGUUUGAUUUGUCUGUCCCUGUUGAUUCAUUAUCAUUUUUUGGCAGCCAUUUGGUUGCAAUCAGUUUUACUGGAAAAAUUGGUGUGUGGAAUGUCAUAACUCAAAGUUGGAGGAUUCAAGAUGUUAUUGCAAUUUCAAGUUAUGAUACGGCUGGUUCAUUUCUUUUAUUGGGUGGAACUAAUGGAGUUAUUUACUAUGUUGAUAUGGAAAAAUUUCCACUUAGAAUGAAAGAUAACGAUUUACUAGUCACCGAGUUGUUUAAAGACCCAAAUGGUGAUUCCAUUACAGCAAUGUCUGUUUAUCUCACACCUAGAGCAACAUUUGCUGGAAAUUGGAUUGAAAUAGCAUAUGGGACAAGUUCUGGUACAGUAAGAGUUAUUGUUCAUCAUCCUGAGACAAUAAAUAGUGGUCCACAGCUUUUUCAGACAUUUACAGUACAUAGAAGCAGUGUAAAACGUGUUAUAUUAAGUGAAAAGCAUCUAAUUUCAGUUUGUUCUGAGUAUAAUCAUGUUCGAACAUGGAGUGUUACUCGAUUUCGUGGUAUGAUUUCCACUCAACCUGGACCUAAAUCUCUUUCUUCUUUUAAUAUAAUUGCUUUAGAGCAAGGUCAUCCUCAUCCUAGCUAUAAAUGUGGAAACUGUAUAGGUCCAUAUGGAGAUAAAGAUGAGCAAUUGUUAUUUGUUCAAAAAGUUGUUCCAGAUACUGACCAAAUAUUUGUUAGAACUGCUGCUUCUGGUAGAACCAUAAUGACAUGCAAGAGUGUUGAUGGAUCACAUAUAACAUCAUUUUUUGUGCAUGAAUGUGAUGCUGCAACAAGGAUGGGUUCAAGACCUCGAAGGUUUUUGUUUACUGGCCAUGGAAAUGGAGCUAUUCAGAUGUGGGAUGUCUCCACAGCACUUGAUAAAUUUACCAAGUCACCUGAAACAGCAACUUUACAAGGACCAAGCGACGUUGAAAUUAUAAAAUUACUUGGUAGUUGUGAUCUAAGUAUGUCUCGUUGUGCUACUCCAAGAGGAUCUCAACAGUCAUUGAGUAAUUUUCGUCAUAACUUUUUACGCUUCAAUCAUAGUUUUUCUUCACAGAACUGUACAUUAAAUGAAGCUCAAACGUUUACACUAAACGAUGCAAAAACAAAUAUUACACGCCAGGAAAUGAUUCAUCAACCAAAUAAUUCUGUACAAUUAUCUUUACCAGAGGAGCAUAAUGAGUUAUUGUCCGGUUGAUAAAUAGUCUCGAUACUUACAGACAGCGUAUUAGUCAAAAAAAGAAAAAUUGUAGUUCAAGUUUUAAAUUUGGUUUUGUC